AUUCUGACUGUUUUUUCUUUUUUUGUGUUUGGUUAAUAAAAGGUUUAAAUUUUUGUAAAAUUUGCUGAAAAAAAUUUAAUAAAUGUUUAAAAAUACUUUUCAGUCAGGAUUUCUUUCGAUUUUGUAUAGCAUCGGAAGUAAACCUCUACAGAUAUGGGACAAAAAAGUUCGAAAUGGUCAUAUUAAACGUAUUACUGACAAUGAUAUUCAAAGCUUAGUCUUAGAAAUCGUCGGCACAAACGUAAGCACCACAUUUGUAACGUGUCCAGCUGAUCCGAAAAAAACUUUAGGCAUUAAACUUCCAUAUUUGGUUAUGAUAAUUAAAAAUUUGAAGAAAUACUUUACCUUUGAAGUCCAAGUUCUUGAUGAUAAAAAUGUACGUCGUAGAUUUCGAGCAAGUAAUUAUCAGUCUACAACCCGCGUCAAACCUUUUAUUUGUACCAUGCCAAUGCGUCUGGAUGAAGGUUGGAACCAAAUACAGUUUAACUUGUCUGACUUUACCAGGAGAGCGUAUGGAACAAAUUAUGUGGAAACUUUACGGGUGCAAAUACAUGCUAACUGCAGAAUAAGACGGGUGUAUUUCUCUGAUCGACUUUAUUCCGAAGAAGAGCUUCCACCGGAAUUUAAACUAUUUCUACCUAUUCAAAAACCUCAAAAAGUUAACCACACGGCGUGUAGUUGAUAGAUUAAUAUAUAUUUAAAGCUCUUUUUUACUACAUUACAAAACUUAUUUAUGGAAUAUAAUCCAAUGCUGCUAAAUA